AUGGUAAAAGCCAUGAUCGAAGAUGAACCAUUGUUUCCGUACGAUGUCUCGGUUCUUGGCGGCAUUGCGACUUUGGCACCUGUAGGUUAAGUCAUCUUCUUAAGGUUUAUUUUUCAAUUUUUGCUAUAACUUUUCAAAUUCAAUUAUUGUAAAUAAAUACAUGAAUAUUCCAGAACAACACAGUAGUAGUGCGCUUCUUCUACGCCAUGUUCCACGUAUUCUUUGUCAGUCAUUUCUGUUUUGUCACUUUGAUGUUCUUGUUUCGAUACGCUCAAACAACCAAUAAAAGUCGACUGUUGGCCAUAAUGUCAAAUAAAAUGAUAUGGUUUUGCUUCUACAUACCGAGCUUUAUUGUAAUUUGUUUGUUAUGCCACAUAGAUGCAUUAUAUAGUUUGCCUGACAUUGAUAUGUAUAUCAAAGAGUUUGGCAACUCAAACCCUAUGAUAGCUGAGUAUAUCAAAGGAAAAGCGUUACUGGUGGAAGUUGUAAGUUUAAUUUUUUUCAGAACAACAUAGCUUAUUUACUUAUCCUAAUUUUUUGUACAGUAAACAAUACUAUAACAAAACGCAGCAAAUACCAUCAAUUACCAUCCCAUUUAGAGCACCUGGUACAACAACUACGAGCGAUGUCUUCCAACCCUGACAGGACUGAUAAUCUGCGCCUUUUCGACCUACGGUUGCUACAGUUUCAAGAAUGAUCAAAACGACUCUUUAAGCGACCGUACCCGCGCCCUAUACCGUAAACUCAUCAACGCCCUGCUAAUCGAAAUGGCAGUGAUAGCUUUUGCUGUGGUGACGCCAGUUUUUAUUUGUCAAGCUCUGAUUGGAGUUAGAUAUCGACCGAUUGGGACUGCUUUAAUGUGGAGAUGGUUAACAUUGUACCCUACGUUCACUAUGACCUUCACCAUGUCAUAUAUUGGGUGUUACCGAAGAGGGUUGAGGAAAUGGCUAUUAAAGUCAAUAUUUGGGAUGGAGGAGAAGAAUGGCAUUAUUGUGAAACAGAAUCCCUCAACUUUUGUUUCCGCUUCGAGUUCUGGGCCGCCUUGA